CUCUAAGCCAGCUCAUCCUGAUUGCUCGAGCCUUUCCCGAGAGGAGAAAAAGCAAAAGAGAAAUCUCGGACUGGGCUUGUCGUUCCAAAGGCAAAAAGAAAUCGCCUUCUUUCUUUGUGAGAGGGAGGGAGAUGAGAGGCGGGGGCGCGAUGCGGCACAGAUUCCUGCAGCUGCUGCUCGCUGUCUCCGCAUCCUCAGCCCUUCUUGCCGUUCUUGCCGCUGACCUUAACAAAGAACCAUUUACCAUCCGUAUAAGCUGCGGGAGCUUCGACGAUGUCCACACGGCGCCUACCAACACAUUGUGGUACCGGGAUUUCGGUUAUACCGGUGGCAGGUUUGCAAAUGCCACUCGCCCCAGCUUUAUCGUGCCCCCGCUCAAGACUAUUCGCUAUUUUCCUCUGUCUGAUGGCCCUGAAAAUUGUUACUACAUCAACAAUGUUCCCAAUGGGCACUACCAAGUUAGGCUAUUCUUUGCCCUUGUCGCUGAUCCUAAUCUUGAUAGCGAGCCAAUAUUUGAUGUUUCUGUUGAGGGCACUCUGUUCAGUUCUUUGCUUUCGGGCUGGAGCAGCGACGAUGAGAAGACGUUUGCGGAGGCCCUGGUUUUCGUCCAAGACUCGAGCUUAUCCGUUUGCUUCCACAGCACAGGUCAUGGGGAUCCAUCGAUUCUUUCUAUUGAACUUCUCCAAAUAGAUGAUAACGCCUAUAAGUUUGGUCCGCUGUGGGGAAAUGGUACAGUGCUUAGAACUGCUAAAAGAUUGACAUGUGGUUCUGGGAAGCCAGCUUUUGACGAAGAUCUAAAUGGUAUCCACUGGGGUGGUGACAGGUUCUGGUUAGGGUUGAAAACUUUUUCAUCUAGUUCUGACGACCAAACUAUAUCGACUGAAAAUGUUAUAGCAGAGACAUUGCUUGCACCCAAUUUUUAUCCUCAGAGCAUGUACCAAUCAGCUAUCGUGGGUACUGAUAGGCAACCGACCUUAUCCUUUGAAAUGGAUGUCACCCCAAACAAGAACUACUCUGUAUGGCUUCACUUUGCAGAGAUUGAAAAUGGAAUAACUGCAGAAGAGCAAAGGGUUUUUGAUGUACUAAUCAACGGUGACACUGCUUUCAAGGAUAUUGAUAUAGUACGGAUGACAGGAGAGCGUUUUACUGCACUUGUUCUGAAUAAGACUGUUGCUGUCAGUGGGACAACACUAAAAAUCACCUUGCAGCCUCUUGAAGGGACACGUGCUAUAGUUAGUGCGAUUGAGGUGUUUGAGAUCAUUCCAGCUGAAAUGAAGACCUUAACUGAAGAAGUAACUGCUCUGCGGACUUUGAAGGGUUCGCUUGGUCUUCCUCUUCGAUUCGGCUGGAACGGAGACCCCUGUGUUCCUCAGCAGCAUCCGUGGAGUGGAGUUGAUUGCCAGUUUGAUGGCACCAAGAGGAAUUGGAUCAUUGAUGGGCUUGGUCUUGACAACCAAGGUUUGAGAGGAGUUAUACCUAGUGACGUAUCUAAGCUGCAGCAUGUUCAAAGCAUAAACUUUAGCGGUAAUAGCAUGAAGGGCAAUAUACCAUUGUCUUUGGGUACCAUCUCAGGGCUACGAGUACUUGAUCUUUCAUACAAUGAACUGAAUGGUUCUAUUCCGGAGAGCCUUGGUGAGCUGACAUCGUUACAGACACUGAAUCUAAAUGGCAAUGAUCUUUCAGGAAGGGUUCCAGCCACUCUGGGAGGAAGACCUCUACACAGAGUUAGAUUCAACUUUACGGACAAUGCUGGGUUGUGUGGAAUUCCUGGUUUACGUGAGUGUGGCCCGCAUUUAUCGGUGACUGCAAAGAUUGGCAUGGCUUUCGGAGUACUUGUAGCUUUUCUGUUACUAGUUGUAUUUGCAGCGUGCUGGUGGAAGAGGAGGCAGAACAUUAUCCGUGGUCAGAAACUAGCUGCAGCAAGGGAAGCUCCUUAUGCUAAAUCGAGGACCCACUUUACAAGGGAUGUGCAAAUGGGCAAACCUCACCGCCCACAUGAAAGCUCUCGAGGUGGCAACAGUGAAAGCUCACCACAUUUGCUUUCCUAGUAACUUGCCGCCAAUAUAUGCCUUUCAUUGUGCAUUCUCUCUGGUAUACUUAGUUCAUUUUGCUGUCAGCUUGAGUUGUAAGACAAGUGUACAUACUAGGUCAGGAUGGUGUAUAUACUCCCUUUUUUUCCCCUCCAAAUGUUCAGUCAGGGAGUGUUGUCAAAUGAAAAUGAUCCAGAUCAUCCUAUUUGUAGCUGAUAGAACAAUUCUAUGGUAACUUCAUUAUAUUCACCAUGUAAGCGAACUAGCUGACAGAUAUUUAUUAAGGUGUUGAUUUUUAAGCUAGCAAAA